AAUCAAAUAUCGUAAUACAAUGAAUGCUAAUACACCAACGGACAAUUCCUUCCAAGAUCUCCUUAAAAACAUGUAUAAUCCCUUCAAAUUUCAAUCCCUAUUCCCUAAUUUCUCCCUUCAUUCUCGUAAACAAUCGAAGAGAAGAGAAUAGAAUAGAAUGGGAGAGAAAGGAGCAUCAACGUCGACACCAAUGGCGGUAAGGCGGCUAUCGAGAUGGAUUCGAAGCCGAUCAAUGAAACAGAAAGUUAUAAUGGGCGCAGUAUCAGCAUCUAUUUUGUUGAUUUUUCUGAUUUUUUUCGUGAAAAAUCAAAUGUUUUUCUUUGUCAGCUCUCAACUUGCUCAUGCUGCUGGUCUCUUUAUCUUAAUUUAUAAGCUCUUCAUCACCAAAACUUGUUCUGGUCUAUCAUUAAAGACUCAAGAGCUUACAGCAAUAUUCUUAAUAUUGAGAAUCUCAACUUAUUUUGGAUUAUUCCAAGAUGUGCACGUUGUACUUGAUUCUCUAAUACUUGGAGCUACUAUUUGGGUGAUCUAUAUGAUACGGUUUAAGUUAAAGAGCACGUACACGAAGGAGCUUGAUAACAUGCCUUUGUUUUAUGUGUUGAUACCUUGUGCCAUUGUUGCAAUAAUUGGACACCCUGGAUGGCAAGGUAACAUUAUAUGGAGAUUUAUCUUUGUGUAUUAUAUGACAAUUGAAGCGGUUUCAGUGCUGCCUCAGCUUCGUGUAAUUCAAAAUGCUAAGAUGGUUGAACCAUUUACUGGACAUUAUGUCUUUGCCUUAGGUGUUGCAAGAUUUUUAGCAUGUGCAAAUUGGAUAAUCAUGCUCAUCGAUAGUGGUGGAGCACUGCUAACACAUAUAGGGCAAGGAAACCUUUAUAUACUAGUGGCUCUUCUCGCUGAGGUGAUUCAAACAUUCAUUUUGGCAGACUUCUGUUACUACUACAUCAAGAGUGUGAUGGAGGGACAGCGCAUGGUGAGGCUACUUUCACCUGUCUAAGAUCGGGUUUGCUGAAAGCUGCAGAAAUAAACUUUGUUCAUUGGAAUGCAUAGCUUUGUAGUUUGUACAACUGCUUUUUUACAAUCAAAUAAUAAAGAAAAAAUCCAGAAAGAAAAAGAAAUUUUUUUUCUCAUCAUAUAAAGUCAUGUAUUGUAAUUUCAGAUUGUAUGCAGUAUGGUCCGUGUCUCAUUUCUGUGUGGCAGUUUUGCAAACUGCAGUCAAGGAUAUUCAAAAUUUCCACAUCCUUCAAACUUUUGAUUCCUAUCCCAAGCAAAAGCAAAUGCUUGGGAUUUGGGGAUGAGCAAGAGUGAACGAUAUCCGACGCUCUGAGGAGAACUUAUUCAAGAUCCUUGUGGGUGAAAAAUAUUUUCAUCCAGAUUCUUGUUUCAUUGUCCGAUUACUGAAGAAAUAUGUGCAUAUAUUUGUACACAUUAGGUGUAGUGUAUUGAGUAAAGCUAGUUGAGCAUGUACAUGAUCUUUCCUCUGUUGUAUUAGUUUUUCGCUUGUGCAGCUGUCAUAUACAGGUAGAUCUCUCUUACCGUACAACUUCAUCGUCCUGGAUAUGUAUAUUGAGGUAGGUUGUAUUUUAGAUCCCUAGAGUAGAAAUUUAUCAAUAAUUUGUGAGCAAAUCCAGUGAAGUUCAAAACUUUACCGGCGUCCUGUCCGUUUGGUUAGUUGUACUAAAUGGAGGUAAUGAAAAUGAUUUAUAGCGUAAAAUUUCAUCAAAAGUUCCAUGUCAUUCCCAUAGUGUUGAAACUUUGAUCAUAAAAAAGUUUUUGUUUACAAAUUUUCAUUACAUAUCAUCACCUUUCCUAAUGGUAAUGCAUUAGAAUGAAAUUUAUGAAAAAAAUGAGAUGAUUGAAAUUGAACAAGCAUGGCCACCAAGGUAGCCAAGAGAUUUUUUCAACCAAAAUAACACUAGUUUUCAUUUCAUUAUCACCAUUUAUUACCACCUACCAAACGGGCACAUGGUAAGAAGGUUUUUAAAUCCAUUCAUUUGUCUAUGCAGCUGUUUCUUAAUCAGUUUUAGAUGGCUAAUGAAAGACUUGGAAGCUUACAAGGGAGCAGAGAAGAAGACGACCAAAAAGGGAACUAUGUGGCUGGAUCCAUUGUUCCUUUCAAGUGGAGAUGAUACUCAAAUGCAACCUACAAAACUACAACCAUGCUGUUCAAUGGAGGUUUUGCGGUGUGGAUUGUUUUACGGCUAUCUCGGUUUAUAUUUUGGUCGGGAUAAGUUCAAAAACCUUUUACAAUACGGUUGUAAAUGCGGAUGAUAUUUGCACUCUGAUGAAAAGAUGGUUCAUGUACAAUAACAAAUGCAUAAUUUAAGGAACAUGAUCAGAUGUUGCCUGUUUAAGUCAAAAUUUCAUGCUUGUUAAAUCUUUUGAAGCCAAAUCAGUGAGGAAUUUCUGUAUUUGAUUGUGUUGCAAUGGAUGCUUGGUUGGUGUUUGGUUUGGUAAAUUAUUUUUGGGGGUUUUGAAGAUUUUUUUAGUCUUAGGCUUCUCAAAGAUUUCAUUGUCUUUUUUUUUGCUUGCUUUUCAGUAGUAAAUUUGGCAGAAUUAUCAAAUCAUAGCCGUAUUUAAAAUGUUAAACCAAAUUUCAAUUACUCGUUCACUACAAGAAU